AUGCAACCCAUCGGUCCUUUGCCUUCAGAUACCUAUCGGACCGCCUCUCUCCUCUUGAAACUCCUCCCUGAUGACUUGGUACCUGUCGUUCUUGAUAUGGCGGAAUUCUGGCACGAUGCUCCUCUGGCAUCAACGACCAAAGAAGUCCAUGUCACUGAAAGGAACGCUGGACAACCGUACCUGAUUGCUGAACUCCUCCCGGUAUUUCCAGCCAGGGGUCUGCGGUCGCUUACUUUCACCGUCACAUCUCGGGAUCAGGGUCACAGUUGGGACAGACAUUGGCAUGGAACAUAUGAGCACAGUUGGACUUGGUUCGAGGUGGCCCUGCUACCCUCAGAUUCGGACAAUCGCACUAAUGAUACGGGGAUCAAGUCCCCAAUCCCGGGGAAACGAAUCAUUACCAACGUGCAUGCUAGCAACGAAUACAGGACACAUGUUGUCCGCUGGAGCUACAAUGAUGAUGAGGAGGAGACCAGAAAGCUCGUGAGAAGCAUACGCGCUGGACAGAAAAUCGCCAUCACUGUUUGGGCCAGGUUUCCCGCCUGGGUCAACAACGUGAGAAGCGCUAGAAUUGAUUGUCAGGUGAAUGCCGUGAGGAAGAUAUGA